GUCGAAAUAGUAAUCCUGGCGGGAACAUUUUUGGGCGAAAUUCGAAAACACUUAGCGCCACUUUUUAUUUUCAUUUAGAUCUCACUAGAUUCCUUUAUUUUCCCUCUAUUUCUAUCUCUAUCCCUCCCACAAGCAAAAAAUCAAACGAAACCCUAAUUCUUCAAUUUCAUUUUCUCCUGAAGCCAGAAAUGGAUAGCGAUGACGAUUAUCAAUCAUUUUUACCCGCCGAAGAAGAAUAUUCAUCUCCAGUUCGCCAGACAAAGCUAAAACGUCUCAAGAAAUCAGCAUCAGUUACAUCUCAACCUAUUAAUAAAAAUCAAUUCGAUAUCUCUUCACCUGAAAAAAACCUAGAUUUCAUUCAGCCUGUAGAUCCAUCUCCAUCUCUUUUGGGAUCUGAGGGUUUUAACCAAGGAAGAGAUUCAAUUAAAACCCUAGACACAAUGGAUUCGGUAGAUUCAUUUCCAUCUGCUCUGGAAUCCGAGGGUUUCGAUCAAGAGGGUGAUUUAAUUAAAACCCUAGGCAUAACGGAUUCUGUAGAUCCUGAGGGUUAUACUCAGGAGGGAGUUUCAAUUAAAAAUCCAAAUGCAAUGGAGUCAGUGGAUCCUGUCCAGCCCGUUUUAGGAUCUGAGGGUUUUGAGCAAGGAGGCGAUUCAAUUGAUGUUGAAGAUGGGUUUGGAGAUAGUUUAGAUGCUGGUACUGAGAAGUUCGUGGUUAAAGAAAGUGAUUUGAUAAAUGAAUUAAGAGCAGAAACGGGGAUUGUUAAGACAGAUAAGAGGUCUGAAAAGAAACGGCGUAGUCCAUCUGAAGGAGUUGAAGAGACGAAAGAGAAAACAAAGAAGAAAAAGAAAAAUGAAAAGGAUGCUGCUGCUAGGGAGUUACCUAAAGCACCUGCUCCCACCAAAAAACGACUCGAAAAGGAAAGGAAGAUUCAUCUUGAACAGUUACAUGCUGAAACUCAGAGAUUGUUACGAGAGAGUAGAGAUGCAGAAUUCAAGCCUGUGCCCAUUGUGCAGAAGCCCAUAUCUUCAAUUUUGGCGAAGAUCCGACAAAGAAAGCUCGAAGUGUCAAAAAAAGCUAGUAGUUUGAACAUCUAUUUCGCCGAUUCCAAUGAUUCAUUAGAGGUAAAUAAGCUGGAUUAUUCUGAUAAGCAUGCUCAAAGUGCAGUCAGAGGUGAAGAGAAACGCCUAGAAGAGUUUCAGGACAAAGAUGUGCCUUCGGUUUACGAAAAGAAUAAUCAUCUAGAUGCUGUUAAUGUAGAUACGUUUAGUGACCCUGCAUUUUCUUCGUUCCAACAUGAAAAUAGUGCAGCCAACAUGGUUCUGGACAAGGGAUCUAAAAGUGAAUAUGUAACUCCACAAAAAGAUGCACAGGACGUUUUGUUAGGUCUACAACCAAGAGACAUGGAAGAUGGAAAAGACGAGGAAUCUAAAAGUACAUGCCCGAUUAUGCACCAGGACACUUCAUUAGGUUCUCAACCAAGAGAUGAUGAAGAUACGCCCGCAGAGAGUCCUGUUGAGGAAGUUAUUGCACCUUCAUUACAAACUAUGGAGUCGCAGUUUGAUGCUGCUCAACCCAAUGAUACCUCUUCAGAUGAAGAGGAAAGCGACAAGGAGAAUGUUGAGCCAGAUUCACGUAAAUUGGAUGACCUGGAUUUGGACAUGGACACAAAAGGUGACCCUGUAAAAGCUUUUCUUGACGAUGAGGCUGAAGAAGAAGAUGAUAGUGACGAGGAUUCACGAUCCAAAGACGAGGAAGAUGAGGAAGAUAAUGAAUUGAAUGAGGAACUCAAGGAUCUUAUAGCAUAUGGGUAUCAGGAGAAGCCUGUAGAUAAUGAAAAACGCGAUCAACUUCAUCAGAUGUGGCUUCAACAACAGGAUGCAGCUGAAACAGACAAUGUUUUACAAAGAUUGAAAUGUGGUGCGAAACAGAAGGGGCCGUCAAUGCUUGAAGAAGAAGAAGAUGAAGAAGAUGAGGAUGGUGAGCCUGGUGAUGAUUUUUCCAAUGAUUUGGGGGAUCAUGAAUCUUCCAAAAAUAUGGUGCGGAUGAUUUCAAAGAAAGCAAAGCAAAUGAUCCCACAGAUGUUUACAGAUAAGGAUGAUGCUUUCUUAUCUUCAGAUGAUGAGGAAACAGACCAGAAAAUAGUCCGGCAACGUCUUCUCGAGAAAGCUGAAGAAGAUUCUUCACUUUUACCACCAGCAGAGGAUGAAAACUCCAGAGAAGUAUUUGAUCUUAUAAAGAAGCUGAAUACUGCACCUGAUACCAAAAAGAAAGCAAAACCAUCAUCUAUCCUUGAUGCGUAUAUUACAGGAGGAAACAGCAACAGUUCGUCGAGGUUUUCUUUCUUGGGUCGGGCAUCAAGCAACUCUCUACCAGUAUCCAGUAAGCAUGUCUCGAGCAAUGUUCGCUCCUUCAUCUUUGGACGAGAUGAUAGCAAUAGCCGGAGCGGAAUCUCAACUUCGGAGGUUUCUCUAGACACGGGCGAGCUCGAAAAGCGAGCACCAAGGAAUGCAUCAGCUAAGUUCAGUGGUUCCCAAACCAAAUGCAGUACUCAAAGCACAGUAGUUACGGAAACAAGUAGAACUGGUUCUUCAUCUUCUUCUUCCCUCCUAGAGGUUUUGAGACGAAGCUCUUCUUUUCAAUCUGAUCACCAUACUCACACUAAGGAUGUUAACAUGGUUGGCCAAACUCAAGCUCGUUUCCAGUUUGCAGCAUUUAAACCUGGAAAGAAAUCACUAAAAGUAGAAGGAAGAACUUGACUAGAAAUACGUUAUACAUGUUCCUCUAUACUUCAAACAAAAACGUCAUACAUUUGAGUAUUAUUAGAAUAAUGGCUUUCCUCUGCGAGCUCAUUCAGCUUCUUAAGACUGCUGAAAGCUCUUGUAACUGCUGAAAAUAUUGCUCUUGUAAAGAUGCGUUGAAUAGGUAAAUUUAUUUAUUUAUUUACUCAUUAUUCCA